AUGGCCAGCGAGGUCGUGCAAAUUUGGGAGAGUGAUGAUCGGGUCCCGCCGGAAGUUGGGCGGGUCGCGGCCUCGUUAAGAACGGCGGCGGCGGCGACGCGCGAUCGGCGCCCGACGCCCCUCGGAAUGUUGCGCGAGGCGGCGUCAAUAGCUGCAGCGACGCCUAACUCCAUCGUUCGCCGCCAGCCGGCGCUGCCGCCGCCGCCGCCGCCGCCACCGCGCCUCCGCUGUGGCCGCCCCGGGCCGCACCCCCUCCCCUCCCCCUCCUAUCCGCGUCGAGGUGCGACUCGCACGCGCCAAACAGCCGACGUGGGAGGCGCCGCCCCCGCCUCCUCCAACGCCCCCGCCGCCCUUUGUGGCAGCGCCGCGUCGACCAUGGCGAGCGGAAAGCGCCGGCAGACAGCUCAGCGCGGCCCUAAUUGCUUGCCGGCCGUGACGUCUGGGGGGCGGCGCGGUGCGACACGUCUGGACAAUGGGCGACGCAGCCUGUGCGGCGCAGGGGUGGGCGCCGAGACCGUAGCUGGCCCGCCGUCACAGGACGCGGUGGUCAGGGCGGGGCGGCACAAAGCGCAGCCAGCAGCGCCCACGUGCUGUGGGCCUCCAUUGUGUGUCCACUGGCUUUCAGCUCACUCUAAAUUAUCCUAG